CUUCGAUAUACGUCCAAACUUACAGAGCUCACUUGCAGCAGCCGAGAAGGAACCGUAACUCGUGGUUCCAACGGCGUUGGCAGCCCAGAUACACACGUCGGAGAACAAAACUGCAUCGAAGUUCGGCCGCGAGACGUGGGCUGCGUUGGCCAUCUUGACAACGCCACCAUACGUAGCUCGCUGAUCGACGCAUUUGACAAAGGCAGAGCCUCGUGCAAACUUGCGGCUGUACCAAGUCUCGGCACCGACGCCGUGCCCAUACCUGUUCUACGCAAGCAGCACGUCUCUCUACCAUCCUUCCUUGCGGCGACAACCAGAUUUGCUGCACCGCUUUCGCUCCUCACGUUGCCGUAGGCUGUCACACUCUCGUUGCCACCGCCGCGUGGCAACGUCACGACGCAAUAAACUCAUUUUGUCCCAGUGCGCUACAGCGUAAUCGCGCCACGUCAUCACACGAGAUGGUAAUCAACGUCGCCAUAUGGCGCCCCAGCAUCGCCGCCGGCUGCCUCAAAAUCGCACUUGCCGGAUCAUGGCGACGAGCAGCUUUCCCUACACCGAGCCACCGACGCCGCCAAGCGACAGCGUCGGCGACACGCUCCGGCGCGCCGUCUUUGUGACGCUCCUCUCCAUCCUCGGGCUCCCCUACAUGCUCUACGCGUGCCUCUUUCAGCGCACGAUGAUUACGCCAGUCCUCGCGGCCGCCCGGCGCACGAGCAUCAAGCUCGACGCGAUGUACAAAGACCCACCGCGUCUUGCACGUGCAUGGGCCACGCCCAUUGGACAGCGCUACCUCGCCGGCGGCCUCGAGUACCAGCGGCGCGAAGGCUACUGCGCGUCGGCGACUCUCCGAAACGUCCUCAAGUCGGUGGGUCGCAGCGAUGUGCUACCGGCGUCUCGACGUGGUGCCUCGACGCCUACGCAAUACGUGGCAGCGCUCGACCACGUUGGCUGCACGUCAUCGAAAAUCGUGUACGGCAGCGACGGCUACGACGCGUUUCGAUCGGCGCUUCGAGCGGCCAACGACCCGAGCUACCGCGUCGCCGCCAACUUUCUGCGGUCGCCGCUCUUUGGCUUCAACGGGCUGACGUACGCACCUUUCAACUUUAUCCUGGGCGUCUUUGGCGGUCACUUCUCCAAUGUCAUUGGGUUUCUCGAAGACGACGAUCUCGUGAUCGUCUUUGACGUCAACCAUACGUACGGCCCGUACUUGGUCGACGCCAAGCGCCUCUACAGCGCGGUCAACACGUACGACCAGACCGCCAAGCGCACACGAGCGCUCAUCGUCUCGAAAGUACUCACGGAAUAAAUACUAUUUUUUUGUCU